UGUCUCAUAACGUUUGAGGUGGAUUGUUCUCGUAAUCUCGUCUCGCACGUCUUAUCACGUUCGACGAGGAAACUCUCUUGGAGGUGUAUGACGUAACAACGUCGUCGUCUGGCACAGUGUUUCUCAAAGGGCGAUUUUUCAACUGCACGGCAGAUUAAGCUUGUCAAGCAGUGUCCUGUACUGUCGCAAUCAUGACCAAGUUUUCGGACUCAGAUGAGAAGUGGCACACCGCACCCUACGAUCCUAGGUUCCCUAAUCAGAAUCAAACCAGAUAUUGCUAUCAGAGCUACGUAGACUUCCAUCGAUGUAAGAAGAAGCACAACGAAAAUUACGAGGCUUGUCAGUACUUCAAAAGAGUUUUUAAUUCAAUAUGUCCGAUCGCCUGGGUAGAGAACUGGAAUGAACAGGUUGAAGCAGGCACAUUUGCUGGUCGCAUCUAGAAUUUCCAGCGAUUAAUAAAUCGCAUCUACUUUUCAUCUUAGUGAACUUUUCAAAUAGUCGAACAAAAUUUUAGGAUCGUGUCAUUUCCUGUUUGUAAACUAAGUUAAUUUAAAUAAAUCCUAAUGACACUUUAA